AUGCAAGUGCCUGGCAUGGCUGGGGGACUCCCGGGCGCGGGGCCGCCCAUGGACAUGGCCAUGGCAAUGGGGCCGCUGGGCCAGGGAGCUGACAUGGGAAUGGGCAUGGCGGUCCCGGGAAUGCCCAUGGGCAAGGGAGACCCGAUGAUCAUGGGCAAAGGCGACAUGGGGAAGUUUGGAAAGGGUGCAAAAGGGUUUUCAGCGAAUGCGCAGCCGGACGUGCAGCAAGUUCUUGGAGCAUAUAUUGGCCAAAUCAAGAGCUUCAAUGCAACGCAUGGAUUUGGCUUCAUCGUCUGCGAGGGCUUGCAGCAGCAAGGCUUCAUGCAGGAUGUCUACUUGCAUCACAACCAGAUCGGCGAGUGCCAGCCUGGUCAGAUGGUCUCCUUCACGGCCUACCUGAACAAAAAGGGACAGCCCCAAGCCAUGGAUCUGAAGGACGUGGGGAGUCGCGUCACGCGGAAGUCCUGUGAGAUCAUGGAGUUGCCAGAGUGCCGCGAGUGCAGCUGGGACCAGUCGCGAUGUCGACUUGAGCGAGGGUCAAGGAGCGGAUCCGGUUUGGCCGGGCAUCCCGGCCGCUGCCCACCUUCAUCCUCCUUCCCGCUGUGCUUCAGUGCGGGUGCGGGGCUUCCGAUCCCCGGCGAGGAUGAGUCGGAAAGGUCCGACAUGUGGUCUGACAAGAUGGUGGAGAUCUGGCAAAGCGACCCCGCCCCGGCGCUGAUCGAAAGCCAGCUGAGAGGCCCUGAGGUGCAACUUUGCCCGAACGAACAUCUUGGCGACAGCGUCUAUUGCAGGUCUAUGCUGAAAGGUUUAUGUGGCCUCGAUGAUGCAUCGCUGACCACAGUCAUCACUGGAGUGCUCCAAAAAAGACCCGAGCUCGCGCCGGGCGUUGUCAACCUCGCAGUGCCGGAGCUGACGUAUGUCCCUGCAGAUGCCCUGACCCAGCGGCGUGCGUCUGGCAAAGUCGGGCCGCCUGCAGCUACCGGCUUUUGCAUCGUCGACUGUCCAGAGUUGAAGGCAGUCUUUGGGGAAGAUGUCCUUGUGCACAUGAACCAGGUGGGCACCAUCCCGCCGGGGACAGAGGUGAACUUCGCGAUUUUGCUGAACCAGGAGAUGCGGCCCCAAGCCUUCGAUUUGCAGCCUAUAGGCCCGAUACCUCGUGGGAAGGGCACAGGCAAGGGCAAGGCUUGUGGCUUCCGCAAGGGUGGACUCCUCAAUGCAGCGGGCUGGUGGGGUGCAAGUGAGGACAAGCUUCUGCCGACAACUCAGUCAGUGCCAGUGCAUGCAGCAAGGUCGGAUGCGGCGAUUAGGACAGGCAUAGAUUUCUCCCCUUCCUCCUGA